CUGCUGGUAGUUGGGCAGUAGGCAAGGCCGUACGCGGAAGAAACCGCGGCAGCCUGCCCAGCGCAAGAAAAUAGCCGCAACCCAACCGAUCGUGCGGAAGCAAUCAAGCCGCGGCGCGUGAAAGCGUCCCGUCCCCGUUUCGCUGGCCAUCCCCGCAAAGCAGAAGGUUUUGCUUUGCGCGUCCUCCCAAUCCGUGGCUAGCGGUCCCCUGUUUCCUGCCCAGCUCGCCGGCGUUCCCCUUCCUCCGCUGCUGCCAGUGGUUGGAGAUGACACAUAUGUUUCCAAGGGAAGGUGCCUCAUCUAGCUCAACCUCAAUGAGCAGCCAAAGGAGUGAAACUCAUGAUGAUAGGAUGAUUGCAAUGGUUCUCUCCGAAGAAUAUGCCAAGUUAGAUGGUGCUAUGGCCAAGCGUCUUACUAAUUUAACAUCAAUUCCUCAUGUUCCCCGUAUUAACACAUACUUCCCAACAUAUAGUGAUGCCACUAUGGACCAUUAUCGCCUCCUUGAUAGGCUAAAUGCAUACGGCUUGUUUGAGGUGAGAGUAUCUGGUGAUGGAAAUUGUCAGUUUCGUGCACUCUCAGACCAACUAUAUAGAUCACCUGAUUAUCACAAGCAUGUUCGAAAGGAGAUUGUAAAGCAGCUCAAGAAAUGUAACACCUUAUAUGAAGGUUAUGUUCCAAUGAAAUAUAAAAAAUAUUGCAAGAAAAUGAAGAAGUCUGGUGAAUGGGGUGACCAUGUCACGCUACAAGCAGCUGCUGACAAGUUUGCUGCAAAGAUAUGUCUCCUAACAUCAUUCAGAGAUACAUGUUUUGUUGAAAUUGUUCCGCAAUAUCAAGCUCCACAGAGAGAGAUUUGGCUGAGUUUCUGGUCCGAAGUUCACUAUAACUCACUGUACGAUGCUCGAGAUCUCCCAAGCAAAUACAAGCCUAGGAAGAAGCACUGGUUGUUGUUUUAAUAUCCAUGCGGGGAGUUUGCUUCAUACUGGUGGAUUCAUAUUGUUUGACCCUUUCUACCACCGUCCGCCAAAUGAUGCACCGUACAGCUACAGCAUGAUCCAGGCAUACAGCAGUAGGUGUAGAGUUACAAUGCUGAACCUGAGCAAUGUGAAUAGAUAUUCUUAAUACAGGUUGACUGUAAUGCCCUGUCUUAUUUGUUCACUGUGUAUAUUCUUUAUUUAUACUGCUACAUGUUAGCUCUAUUCAUCAGUUC